AUGAGAAAUCUGUUUCUCCUUUUAUUUUCUACUUUUUUUGCUGAUGAUCUGAAAGAUUUCAUCGAGAAAGUCGCCAAUUAUGAAGAUCAUCAAAGUUCCUACCUCUCGCCACUGAAAGCCAAGACAUAUCUUCCAAACUUAGCGGAUCUCGAAACUGAGGAUGUAGAAGAAAAGCCUAAAUUGAUUGAACCAGCGAACGAUUUGGCAGAUGAGUGGAAAUGCUCACUAGCAGAGGGAUGGAAAGAGAGAAUCGAAAAGUGGUAUGUUUUUCUUGAAUCUGGUUUCUCUGAUUAUCAUUCGAAUUUGCUCAAAACUGGGUUGUUGGAUAAGGAAAAAUGCCUAACAGCCCUGGACCACUUUGAGAGAGAUUUGAGUGGAGAUCAUGUGCUCAUCUUGGGGAAAGGCGGGAAUCUGUACCAAAUCGGGAAUUUCCUCGCAAAAUAUUCUGGAAAACAGCUCUUUCCAUUCUACACUGGCAAACCUACUCAAUGCUAUUUUGCCGAAAAACGAGACAAGAGUGGAGAAAUUCUCUACUCGGGCGCUUAUGGCUGGCAAAUAGAAUACGGAGGGAUCGAAAUACUUAGAAACAUAGUCGGAUAUGGAGUGAAGGAUUUCAGAGCGUGUGGAGCAGAGUGCGAUGCGAAAGGACAACUCUAUAAUUUUACAGAAACAGAUGAGGAGUACGCGAAUUGCAGAGCUGCCAAUUGCGGUCUAUACGGCCAAACUGGUCGUCUGGGCUUGUGUUAUCCAGCUCAGUGCUCGCCAGUUGAACUGCUCUUGGCAAGAGAUGAAAUAAACGAUGAUCAAUUGUUUUCCAUGUUCAUGAGUAUUCUUGGAAACUAUCACAAUGAUUUCUUGAUGAUGAAUCAUGCAAGUCCCGACGACGCGUGGGUCCAAAGAUCAGCCGAAGUUGGAUGGGUCGAAAUUCCAAGUGGAGCCCUAGGUAUAUGGUUCGCAACCAGUAUCUUCCCACUUCUUGGCGCUCGUGGUAUUUCUCAGCAAAGCCUGAAUAUUUACGGAGCUGGUUGCGUCAACAAUAACGUCUGGCUUCGAUCACUGUUCUUUGUUCAAGGAUUCUACGAAGAAGGAGCUAGUUGCCUACCGCAUAUCUGGUACCUCGGAGCGGAAUUUUGGUACAAUCUUCUCUUUCCGUUUCAAGCAGUUUUAUAUGGAUUUCAUAAAGCGCUAGGAAUAACACUUACGGUCUUACUGAGCUGUGCUAGCAUCGGCUGGGCCUGGUCAAGAUCUGUUGAUCAAGAUGCAAUGCCUUAUCAACAACAGAAACUUCCAUACGACUGGCCAACGGGGCUCGAUGAGGAUUUUUACCUGACACCUUGGUCGAGAUAUCAUGCUUAUGGAGUCGGCGUUCUUUUUGGCUGGCUUAUUCUGGCGGAGAGAAAAGGCAAUGGAUUCAAAUCGUUCGUGAACAAAAGAAAAAUCAUCGGAUACUCGAUCGUUGCUCUACUUUGGGCUUUAUCCCUCUUUUUGCUGUAUUUCACUGUUUAUGGCUUCUCUGACAUCUGUUUCCAAGUUGACAUGGACAAGUACCACGAGCUUAGGAUCGAUCUCUACUACGAUCACCAUCAAAAAUGGGAUGUGGUUAGUGGAUGUUUUUCUAGCCCUGGGUCUGUUCAUUUCUGGAACGCGACUCAUCGUGCCAUUUGGGCUUUCGCUCUCGGAUUGUUGAUUUUUCUCUGCGACUGCGGAUUCGGAAGCUUCAUAAAUUCCUUCUUGGCGUUUGAGGGAUGGAAUAUUCUCGCAAAACUGUCCUUCGGCGUAUAUAUUUUCCAUUACAAUGUGAUCGUCUUGUACCAAGCCUCUGUAAUGGAAUACUUCUACGUUGAUGAAUACUGGGUCACGUGGAUGUUCCUGCAUAUCACGGCGUUGACUACCGCGAUUUCCGCUUUUACUUAUGCUCCAAAAGUCGACGAUCUCUCAGAAUUCCUGAAGCACAUCAACCUUCUCGUCCUGGAAGUAAUCCACUCGAUCUCAAAUUUGAAGGGAACUUCUGAUGAAUAUGGCGAAAAAGAAGACACUUACUAUGCUUGCUGGCCAACGGGGCUUGAUGAGGACUUUUAUCUGACCCCUUGGUCGAGAUAUCACGCCUAUGGAGUCGGCGUUCUUUUUGGGUGGCUGAUUCUAGCGGAAAGAAAGGGCAAUGGAUUCAAAUCGUUUGUGAACAAAAGAAAAAUCAUCGGAUACUCGAUCGUUGCUCUACUUUGGGCUUUAUCCCUCUUCUUGCUGUAUUUCACUGUUUAUGGCUUCUCUGACAUCUGUUUCCAAGUCGACAUGGACAAGUACCACGAGCUUAAAAUCGAUCUCUACUACGAUCAUCAUCAAAAAUGGGAUGUGGUCAGUGGAUGUUUUUCUAGCCCCGGGUCGGUUCAUUUCUGGAACGCGACUCAUCGCGCCAUUUGGGCCUUCGCCCUCGGAUUGUUGAUUUUCCUCUGCGACUGCGGAUUCGGAAGCUUCAUAAAUUCCUUCUUGGCGUUUGAGGGAUGGAAUAUACUCGCAAAACUUUCCUUCGGCGUUUAUAUUUUCCACUACAAUGUGAUUGUGUUGUACCAAGCCUCAGUAAUGGAAUACUUCUACGUUGAUGAAUACUGGGUCACGUGGAUGUUCUUGCAUAUCACGGCGUUGACAACCGCAAUUUCCGCUUUUACUUAUGUAACGUACGAAGUUCCCCUUGCAAAAUUGUGGGGACUCGUUGUUUCAAAAAUACAACCGAGAAAAAAAGAAAUCAACGAAGAAAAUGUGGAGAAGAUAAAAUAA